AUGAUAUUGGGCAAGAUGAAAUACUUUCUAGGGGUUGAAGUACUACAAAAUUCUGAUGAGAUUUAUGUGUGUCAAAGAAAGUAUGCUCAUGAAGUUUUAGAAAGAUUUGGCAUGGACAGAAGCAACAUAGUGAAGAACCCCAUAGUUCCAUGCUGCAAAUUGUCAAAGGACGAGAACGGAGCUAAGGUUGAUGCAAGUAUGUUCAAGCAGGUGGUUGACAACCUUAUGUAUUUAACUACAAACAAACCUGAUUUGAUGUAUGGUGUGAGUCUUAUUAAUAGGUUCAUGUUUUGUCCUAAAGACCAACACUGGUUGGUAGCAAAAAGAUUGCUAAAAUAUACGAAGGAAACAACUAAUUUGGAGAUUCUCUACAAGAAAUGGGCUGUAAGCAACUCAUAG